CUGUGUCUCUGUCUUUUGCAGAAGUGUGAGUACCGAUGGAUGUGGCCGAGAGCCCUGAACGGGACCCUCGCUCUCCGGAGGACGAAGAAGAGGAGCAGCAGGGGCUCUCGGACGAUGACAUUUUGAGGGAAAGUGGGUCUGACCAGGACUUGGACGGAGCUGGGGGGAAGGCUUCUGAUUUGGAGGAUGAGGACCACGGUGCCCCGGGACUGAGCCAGGAGGAAGAAGAGAGUCACUCUGACGAGGAGGACCAGGACUCUGAGGCUCAGGAGCUGAGCGGGGGCCUGGCCAGCCCCCCGCCUGUGGAGGAGGGGGACGGCGGGGAGGAAGACUGCACCAGUGACCUGAGGGACGAGGCCUCGUCGGUCACCAGGGAGCUGGACGAGCAUGAGCUGGACUACGAUGAGGAGGUCCCCGAGGAGCCGGCCCCCGCCCUGCAGGAGGACGACGGCGAGAAGGCCGGGCCCGAGGAUGAUGACGAGAGGGGGGACGGGGCCCCCGGGGAGGAGGGGAAGGCAGGUGCCCCUGGUGUGGAGGACAGGGAGCCCCUGGAGGCUGCCAAGGAGAGGAAGAAAGAGGAUGACGACGGGGAGAUCGAUGACGGGGAGAUCGACGAUGAUGACCUGGAAGAGGGUGAAGUGAAGGACCCCAGUGACAGGAAGGUGAGGCCUCGUCCCACCUGCCGAUUCUUCAUGAAAGACGUUGUGACACCAUUGUCCACUGCUCCACCAAUACCAAAUUCCAUACCAUUCAGAGGCCAGGUUAAAGGGAACUGCACCUGGGGGAUGAACUGCAGGUUUAUCCACCCCGGAGUCAACGACAAGGGCAACUACUCCCUCAUCACCAAGGCGGAGCCCUUCCCGCCCAACGGCGCCCCGCCCCUCGGACCGCACCCUCUGAUGCCUGCCAGCCCUUGGGGUGGGCCGGGAGUCGAUGAAGUUUUGCCUCCACCCCCUCCAGAGCCCCCCACCGAGAGCGCCUGGGAGCGAGGACUCCGGCACGCAAAGGAGGUUUUAAAAAAAGCAACCAUUCGAAAAGAACAGGAACCUGAUUUUGAAGAGAAAAGAUUUACAGUGACCAUUGGCGAAGAUGAACGGGAGUUUGACAAAGAAAAUGAAGUUUUCCGAGACUGGAAUUACCGCAUCACGAGAGAUGUCAGAGAUACAGCGCUGGAGCCGUACGCAGACCCCUACUACGACUACGAGAUAGAGCGGCUCUGGCGCAGCGGCCAGUACGAGAACUUCCGGGUGCAGUACUCGGACGCCGAGCCGCACCACAGCUACCGGGAAAGGGAACGGGAGCGCGAGCGAGAGAACCGGCAGCGCGAGCGGGAGCGCGAGCGGGAGCGAGACCGGGAGCGGGAGCUCCUGUCCCGUAAUCGAAUCCCCCGCCCUGAGGGCGUUCAUGAGCAUUUGACAGAUGCCGUCAGUGGCGGCCUGCGCACCAGGCUUCAGUGGGAGGCCUGUGGGGACAGCGUGGCGCCCCUGCGGCUUUACGUCGCAGUGUGGUUGCUGGCUUGUCUGUCUCCCAGCCGUCAAGCUGAGCUGCCAAAGAAGGAGGCAGCCUCCACGGGGCCCCAGGUGAAGAGAGCUGACGAGUGGAAGGACCCCUGGCGCCGGUCCAAGUCCCCCAAGAAGAAACUCGGAGUGUCGGUCUCCCCUAGCCGGGCACGACGGCGCCGGAAAACGUCAGCCUCGUCGGCCUCUGCCUCCAAUUCCUCCAGGUCGUCCUCGCGGUCCUCAUCCUACUCUGGCUCUGGCUCGUCCCGGUCCCGAUCCCGGUCCUCGUCCUACAGCUCCUACUCCAGCCGCUCUUCCAGACACAGCUCGUUCUCAGGCAGCCGGUCCAGGUCCCGGUCUUUCUCCUCAUCCCCAUCCCCGUCCCCGACGCCCUCCCCGCACAGACCUGUGAGAGCCAAGGGGGAACCAGCUCCGCCUCCCACCAAGGCAGGGGAGAAAUCGGUGAAGAAGCCAGCCCCAGCUCCAGCCCCACCACAGGCCCCCAAAACCACUGCCGCUCCUGUCCCUGAGCCCACCAAGCCCGGAGACCCUCGGGAAGCCAGGAGGAGGGAGCGUCAGGCCAGGACCCCCCCCAGGAGGCGGACUGUCAGUGGCAGCGGCAGCGGCAGCAGCUACAGCGGCUCCAGUUCCAGAUCCAGGUCCCUGAGCGUGAGCAGCGUCUCCUCGGUGUCCAGUGCCACGUCGAGCAGCAGCUCAGCGCACAGCGUGGACUCGGAUGACAUGUAUGCGGACCUGGCCAGCCCCGUGUCCUCAGCCAGCUCGCGGUCCCCAACCCCAGCCCAGACCAAGAAGGAGAAAGGAAAAUCUAAAAAGGAAGAUGGUGUGAAAGCAGAUAAGCGGAAACGGGAUCCGUCCACACAGCCACCCAAACCCUCGAGGCCCAGCGCAGGCAGCAGAUCCUCCCAGCAGCCCACGGCCCCCCAGCAGGCACCUCCCGGGCAGCCCCAGCAGGGCACGUUCAUUGCCCACAAAGAGAUCAAGCUGACCCUGCUCAACAAGGCUGCUGACAAAGCGAGCAGGAAGCGCUACGAGCCCUCAGACAAGGACCGGCAGAGCCCCCCUCCCGCCAAGCGGGCUAACCUGUCCCCGGACCGAGGUUCUCGGGACCGGAAGUCAGGUGGGAGGCUUAGCUCCCCGAAGCCAGAGCGGCAGAGGGGCCAGAAUUCCAAGGCACCCAUGGCCCCGCCAGACAGGAAGCGCCCAUUGUCACCCCAGUCCAAGAGCUCUGGCAAGGUCACCAGUGUGCCUGGCAAAGCCUCGGACUCCAGCGCGGCCUCCGCCUCCGCCGGCACCAAGUCAGGGAAGGCCAGCACGCUGUCCCGGCGGGAGGAGCUGCUCAAGCAGCUGAAGGCCGUGGAGGACGCCAUCGCCCGCAAGCGGGCCAAGAUCCCCGGGAAGGUGUAGGCCCGUGCUCUGCUCCCGGGGCACAGACGCUCCUGUUUUUAUAAAUAGGGUAAGCACAGCCAUUUUGGAUUUUGCAGUUUAUGUCUUAUUUUGGCUGUGAUUCUUUUUAAAAAUUGAAAAAGAAAAAAAAAAGUUCCUCAGCUGGAAGAGAAGCCACACACACGGAAUGAAGAGGACGCUGAGCCCCAGACUGAACCGGCCCCUCCCGGAGUGGAGUCCUGCCAGACCGGCGCCGACUUUACGUCAAUUACGAGUCCAGGGCGCCCACGUGAGCCCCACCCUCUUUUCCUCCCUCUGCUCGUCAGGGUGCCCGCUGCCAUGUGGGGCCCCGACGUGCCACCCCCACCAUCACCGGGAACAUCAGUGCUGCUGAGCGUCCUGCCUGUCCCCGCCGCCCCAGGAUCAAAAAAUAUAUAUAUUCUUGACUGAAGUCUGAUUGGGAAAUACUUCCUGUCUUUUAUUUUAAGCAUCAAAUUGUUUCAGUUGAUUUAAAAAGGAAAAAAAAUACAGAAAAGGAAAAAAAAGGCCAAGAGUAUUGUUGGGCGUCUGUCAGAUGUGGAAGGUCUUUUUUUGAGGGGUCUCCUAAAAUAAAAUAUUUUGAUAAGCA